AUGGAUUACAAUCCCGAUGCCAAGGUGACCCAUCACGCUCACGAUAACCCGGUAUUCGAGUCCCCCAGCAGGAAAAUCUCCGCCACGUCCGAUCACGCCGACAUCGGUCCCGUCAGGAAAAAGAGCAUACUGCACAACAGGAGCUCCGAGCACGACGGCAGCAAUUCGGGAAGGAGCGACGCGGAGAAGCCUUCGAACGGAGACUUGAGAUGCAAAAAAAUUUCAGUUACAGAUUCAGUGUAUUCAAAAAGCAAAUUUCCAGACUCUAGUAACGAUGAUAGGUCUUGGUGGUACCUAUUCUGCCUCCAGUGCCGCUCCGACGACGGUCGUCAAUCCUGGAAACCCAGUUAUUGGCCCAAAUUGUGUCCCUACCCGUUUUGCCCGACUUACAGGCAGUUCACCAGGAUCAUAGUCCUCUGUCUGAUAGGCAUCAUAUCAUGGUGCAUAUUUUAUUCCAUAGUGGGUGAGACGGCGGCGCCGCCCAACGGGCAGCUUUUCCAACUGAUAUUCCUCUCCAUUUGCGCCCAUUUGGGCGGAUGGUUGAUCAGUUUGACGACGCUACCGCCUCUGAUCGGAAUGCUGUUUACCGGAAUUAUUUUCCAGAACGUGAAUAUUGUCAAUAUUGAUGAAUCGUUUAAUGGCAUUUGUAAGGAACUAAGGAAUGUUGCUUUAGUUAUAAUCUUAAUCCGUGCCGGAUUAGAUCUCGAUCCAAACGCCAUGAAGAAGUUAAAAUUGACCCUAGUUAAAGUAGGUAUAGGUCCAUGGUUCAUUGAAGCCGCAGUCAUAGCCGUACUAUCAGUAUAUGUUCUGAACUUAUCAUGGAUCUACGGUCUUCUAUUAGGAUCAGUGGUAGCGGCUGUGUCGCCUGCAGUGGUUGUAUCGUGCUUAUUCCGACUAAGGGUAAAAGGAUAUGGAGUCGCCAAAGGCAUACCCACGUUGAUAAUAGCAGUGUCUGGUAUCGACGACGCCAUUUCGGUGGCCGGUUUUGGAAUCAUCAAAAGCAUCAUAUUCUCGAAUAGCUCCGUCAUGAAUUUGAUCAUCGAAGGGCCCUUAUCUGUGAUAGGAGGUAUCGGCUUCGGCGUGUUUUGGGGCAUCAUGUCGUAUUUUACCCCGGAGAAAUACGAUCCCUUCGUGAUACCGCUGCGGGUGCUUCUUCUACUAGCCGGAGGAAUGAUCUCGAUAUUCGGCAGCGAGAUGAUCGGCUUCGGCGGAGCCGGGCCGCUGGCCUGCGUCACCGCCGCCUUCGUCUCCAUCUACGGUUGGUCCAAGCAGGGCUGGGACGUCGAAGACAACCCGGCCAACACGGCCUUCGAGAUAUUCUGGAUGAUAUUCGAGCCCAUACUGUUCGGCAUCACCGGCACCACGGUGAAAAUCAACCAGUUAGACGCGAACGUUGUCUACUAUUGCGUGGGAAUUCUCCUCGCCGGUAUCGUUAUCAGGAUAAUCGCUACUGUGUUGCUGGGUAUCGGCAGCCAGCUCAAUCUCAAAGAGAAAAUAUUCGUCGCCAUAGCGUGUAUGUCCAAAGCGACUGUACAGGCCGCUUUGGGUCCUGUUACGCUAGGGCUGGUAGCGGCCAGUUCCGAGGAAUACGACUGGGCGCAGAAAAUGUUGAACGUGUGCGUUUUAUCGAUAGUUUUAACGGCGCCUUCGGCCGCCAUCCUGAUGACCCUGCUGGGGCCCGUUCUAUUGACCAAAGCGAAAUUUAACACGGACUCGCAAACGUGGAGAAGGAGCCACAGGCCUUCCAUCAGGGAUAUCAGUAUCAUCGAUGAGGAGGAAGAACGAGACGGGAACGACGUCUCGUACGAAUCGCCCAAACAUUUAUCGGAUAUUAAGGAGAUAGCGUAG